AUGGCUCCGAGCGCUCAGGCGGGCCCGGGCCGCGGGCAGGCCCCGGCCGCGGGGAUCCGCCACGGCAUCCGCGCCGUGCUGCUGGGCCCGCCCGGCGCCGGCAAGGGCACGCAGGCCCCGAAGCUGGCCGAGACCUACUGCGUGUGUCACCUGGCUACCGGCGACAUGCUGCGGGCCAUGGUGGCCUCGGGCUCCGAGCUGGGCAAGCGGCUCAAGGAGACGAUGGAUUCGGGGAAGCUGGUGAGCGAUGAGAUGGUGGUGGAGCUGAUUGAGAACAACCUGGACUCCCCUCCCUGCAAGAACGGCUUCCUCCUGGACGGCUUCCCGCGCACCGUGAAACAGGCAGAGAUGCUGGAUGAGCUCCUGGAGAAGAGGAAAGAGAAGCUCGACUCCGUCAUCGAGUUCAGCAUCCCCGACUCGCUGCUGAUCCGGAGGAUCACGGGACGGCUGAUUCACCCAGCGAGCGGCCGCUCGUAUCACGAGGAGUUCAGACCCCCGAAAGAGCACAUGAAGGACGAUGUGACUGGAGAGCCCCUGAUCCGGCGCUCGGACGAUAACGAAACGGCCCUGAAAACGCGGCUCAAGUCCUACCACACCCAGACCUCCCCCCUGGUGUCCUACUACAGCAAGAGAGGGAUCCAUACGGCCGUGGAUGCCUCCCAGUCCCCCGACGUGGUGUUUGCCAGCAUCCUGGCAGCCUUCACCAAAGCAACAUGUAAAGACCUGGUUAUGUUCAUUUAAAGCUCCAUCCCAGGAUGGGGUUCUCUUUUUUUUUUUUUUUUUUUUCCCUCUCUCUUUCUCUGUUCUGUCUCUCUGGGGCCAAGGAGGGUGAAGAGCUGAGCAGAGUAGAAGGGGAAGGGAUGAGGUGAUGCAGCCCAAGGCAGGGCUGUGCUGAUUCUCUAAUUUAAUUAAACGAGCUGUUAACGGUCUCGAUGUGGCUAUAUGUGAACGUCAGUCUGUGUGCAGAUGUUGGGAUUUUUGGCCUCUAGAGGCCGCAGCGAGCCCAGGCUCCAGCUGCCAAAAUGGGCUCUGCACUCCUUUGGGUGAAAAAGCCUUUGUUUCAUCCUAGAAAUGCUCCUCUCUGAAAGGAACUGUACUCGCAGCUCCUCCCAGCUACCCCACGGGGGCCUUGGAGAAGGUUGGGGAUGUGGGGGAAGGAUUUCCCAGGAGAUGUGAAGCUGCAGGAUUGAAACCUGGGAUUGCUCUGUUUAUGUGGGAGCAGCCUGAGGGACAGCCUUGGGGCUGGAUGAUGAUGGAUUCUCCUUGUAUGUGUUUUAUUCCCUGUGGGGUAGCAGGUUCCUGUUCUGAUGGCACUUGAUGGGGGGUUUCAACCUUUAUUUAUCUGUGGGAUUUAUAGCAAAUUAGUGAGAUGCUGCUUUUUAAUGUGAAAUCUGUGGUCAGAGUCUGACGGUUACUGUGUGGCAGGUUGGGAUGUCCUGAGGAUGAGAAAAGGAGUUGGGUUUUAACUCUUCACUCUUGCCUUGGUUUUGACCAAGGAGAGGAAGAUGAAUUGAGCUUCUCCUGAUCCCAAAGUCUAAAUAUAAUAAAGCCUUAUUGCAAAACAAAUGAUUUCUCAAGGCUCGAGAGACAGCGUUAUUAAGCACUGGCUCCGUGUGCCCUUGAGCUAACGACCUUCACUGAGCUCAUGGAAAUGUUCCUGUUUCUUGAGCAAACCCAGCAGCUCCAGCAGGCUGUGUUUGAGGACACUGUGUGUGCUCAGAGCCUUUCCAGGGCAUUGUGCUGCUGUGUGGUGACACUGCAGGGCUGGCACUGACCUUUGGCCACGAGGGAUUCCAGCCCUUCCUAGAGGGCCGUGCUGUAAAUAUGGAUUGGCUCAGAUGAAACUUUGUCCUUUGGCAUUCCAUGUGUGUUUACUGAUUGUUACUGAGUAUCUUCCUCUCUCUCUCUCUCUGGGGAUGGCCCACUCCAUCCUGUGCACUGAGCUGCUGUGAGCUCUGUGGCCAGAGCAGAUGUUUAAUCCUCAGGAAUCCCUUGCUCUUUUCCUUGAUAACUUCUCUUUUGCCUGACAAUCCCCUCUCUGUCCUCACACAUCCUUUCCAGGGACAGAACCUCUUCCCUUCCAGCAAACUGGAAACCAAAAGCAGUGGACUUGUUGCUCUAGCAAGCACGUGACUGAGGAGAAAGGCUCUGACAGUAAACAGGGCUGGGUUUGCCAGCAGCCUGCUGUCCCCUGGGACUCCCAGACAGCCCUUGCUCUGUCUCUGGGUUUCCUGUGGAAGGAUAACCUGGAACUGGUGUGUUGGGACAGUGUUUAGGAUAGGACUGCCGUGCCCCAGAGAGUGGGAAAGUGUGUGGGUUACAGCUGCCCUGGCAUCUUGGUGACUAAAGAAGUCGUGUGGAAGCAGCUUUUGUUUUGAGAGCCAAAGGGAGAAAUGCAGCUCCCUACACUCUGGGAAGGGUUCCCAGCCAGUUGGCAUUCCUGGAUUUGGUCAAGGUUUUACUCCACAGCAAGAGCAAGAUGUUCCCCCACUCUUCUUUCCUUUCCUCCCUUGUGCUCUCUUCACAUCCAACUCACCAGCCUUUGUUUGGUUUUUGGUUUUUUUUUUUUUUGUUUUUUUUGUUACCAUAAACCAUGCUUAAUUUUGUUUGUUUGUUUUUCCCUAAAUAUUUUUUUUUCUCUCUGUUCCCAUUUAUUCCAGCUGAGUGACUCCAUCAAGCAGAUGAGACACCACCAAACGCUGCACACUCUGCUACAUCACCCAUUGCAGCCCUUCCCUGGGUGCAGGGAGGGCAGCUGGGAGGGGGGUAUGAUUGAUGGGAGGGGGGAAGGAGGUGGAAAACAAGGGGUUGGGGGGCUGAUUUGGUUGGGUUUUGGUUGGAUUUCUUAUUUGGCAGAAUCAUUGUGAAGAGGAGGCGGCCUUCUCCUUAGAAAUCAUGUUUGUGGAGGCAGAACAAUUGUGGAGAGGGAAACAUGUCUCAGUGAUCAGCUGCAGGUCCUUGACCUGUUGGAGGGCAGGGCUAGAUGUUACUCCAGGCUUCUCCAGCACUUUCAGGGCUUGUCUCAUGGGCUCUUGGUACUCUGAGGCCACUGAAAGGUUUGCUGUGAUUUUUUUCUAAAGUUGCUUCCUAUCAGCGAGGACCAAAAGGAACAAAUGAUUCAUCAUCAUGUGUGAAAUGGAAAGGAAAAAACAGACGUGGUCUUUUCCUGGAAGUUCUGUUUUUCUUGUUCUGCUGCAUUCCUAAACCCUGGCAUAAAGACUUCUCAAGGAUUCUCUGCUGCUCAACAGAGGGGCUGGGGCUCUAGUCCAAACCUGCCUUACUUGGGAAUGGGGUGGCUUUUCUGUGAUCAUGACCAAGCUGGAAUUCACACAAUGCUGAAGAAAUGCAAAAGAGACUUUUCUUAAUUGCCUGCAAAAAUAACACUUAAUUGGGGGAGUUUUUUUGCAUUUCUUUUUAGAUAAAUGGUGCCUUGUCUAACCUCUGAAUCAAUAAUAAAAUAACCCCUUUACAUUU